GGUGCGCCACACGGGUCUGCCCGGAGCGACCGAGAAACGCGUCUCGGCCGCCUCCCCGCCUCGGAAACCCCAACUACGCGUUCCCUUGCACGCGCUCAUCCCGGGGCGAUUUUAGUCCAUUUCAUUGUUCGGCCCGGGUUUGACACGGACUUCUCCUCUGGACCCCUUGUCGCCACCUGGCCCCGCGCGUUCCGGCCGCGCGGCCCCCCAAACCCGGAGAGCCGCGGAGAAGAAAGGGGCACGGGGCGGGAGCGGGGAGAAAUGCGAAGGGAGCCGCCGGGAGGACGGAGUGCGAAGGAGAUCGGCGUGAAGGAAGAGAAUCAGCGUGCAGAGACACAGAGGUGAGACCGUGUGAAGACGCAGGGAGAAGGCGGCUGCCAUCUGCAAGCCGAGGAGAGACGCCACAGAAGAAACCAGCCCCACCGACACUUUGAUCUCAGACUUCGAGCUCCCAGAGCUGUGAGAAAAUACAUUUCGGUUGUUCAAGCCACACAGUCUGUGACGCUACAUUCUGGCAGCUCUAGCAAACCUGUACACCCCACCGAGGGCGAGUUGAAAUGAAGAAAGAUUGCUUGGGUGAACUGAAAACCCCGUGAGGGUGGCCUCCUUCCCACGGGCAUGCACGUGAGUCCCACGAAAGGAGAAGAAGAUGGGGCCAGAGAAGCUCCCACCUCCUCCUCAGACCACAGCGACUGAAGCUGUGUACCACCGACGGCGGACGCGUGGCAGCAGGCUGCAAGCCCCACAGGGAACCCCACUGCGGGAGAGCGUGGCAGCAGGGAGCGGAGAGGGUCUGAGACAGAGCCCCGAGGGGCCCCGGCGUUUAAAAGAUUUAAGGUGUUCCUGCGGAGGCCCAGGCGGGAAGGAGGAGGACAACCUGGACAGAGUGGUACCUGGACGCAGCAGGACGAAGACCAUGGCGAAGGGAGGCGUGGUCAGCAGUGCUGGGUGCUCCUGGGAGGCGACAUCAGAUCCUCCCAGUGGGGAGGCCUCCCCUGGACAGAGCAACAGGAGUUCCGUGAGUGACUUUGGUAUCGCGGAGGAUUUCAAUAGGCGGUGGAAUGGAAACAGCCCCUGCUGCGGGAAGAAGCUGAGAGGCCACAGGACGGAACCGGGAAGGGGGAGACCCAGUCGUCUGAGAGGCCGUGUGACACCCUCUGCAGUGAGGGGGGUCCACGCAGGGUCCCGACGUCUUGGAGCUGAACUGACCUUGGAGCCGCUGACCUGCAGGCUUCCGGUUAACGCAGCGGAGCGGGGUCUCUUCUCUGUGAAGCCAGUUUCAGCUGGGCAUCUCAUCCCUUACCGCCGACCGCAUCUUAGACGCCCCUGGAUUCGAGCCAUGAAUCCCUUGUGGGGAUGGGACUCCAGCAUAAGAAUCCCUCCCCUUCUCCUGUUCUGCUGUUUUUGUGUAGCAUUUACUGCCUCCUAA